AUGGACGCCAUCUCUGAGAGCACUUUGGCCUUCGCAGUCCCCACCUGGAAGAAGCAGUCCGAAGCCUUCCGGCAGGCCAUCAGACAGGCGCGCGUCGUGGACCAGCACAUAAAGGAUCUCAGUAUGGGAAGCGUUGCGCACUUCCGGGCCAAGAUCAUCCCAGUCAGACAACAUGUGACAACUAGCUGUAACUAG